GCUGACAUCGUUUUUCGUGGUUCAACUGUGCUGGAACUCGCCUCAUCCAUUUGGUUCAACGGACCAGCAUUUCUUGCUCUCGAUCCUGUUCAGUGGCCCCAUACUAAAACUGAUAAACUCUCCGAUGAAAAUCAGCAACCCCAAGAAUUAGAAAAUGCUAAACUUUGUAUCGUUUUCAACAUCCAGAAACUACAUUUUCAAGAUGACAUAACUCGAGCUCUAAAGAAAAAAGAUCCCCAAUGUGCUCUAAAGUGUCUGAACCCCUUCCUAGAUUCGUCAAAUGGUUUCAACUUGCUCAAGGUCGGCGGACGCUUGGAGUACGCGGCUAUUUCUGAAGGCCAAAAACACACCAUAAUCUUGCCCAGCAAAUGCCAUUUCGUCCACUGUUACGUACGUCAUCUGCACAUCAUCAACUCCAGGAAUUUGUUUCGCAGCAUUGUAAAUUCGUGCCCUCAUUGCAUUCCCUAUCGUCCAAAGUUAUUGCAACAAAUGAUGGGAAAUUUGCCUGUGGAACGACUCAACCCGUCAAGGCCCUUCGCAAGGUGUGCUGUCGAUUUUUGUGGUCCAGUCAACACCUACCUAAGAGUUAGAGGAAAGGUCCCCUACAAGACAUACAUCGCUAUAUUUGUUUGUCUCGCUACCAAAGCUGUCCAUAUUGAAGUGGUAUCCGACCUGUCAACAGAUGUCUUCAUUGCAGCCCUAAAACGGAUGAUUGGUCGUAGAGGUCUGCCCACAGAUAUAUUCUGUGAUAAUGCAACAAAUUUCGUUGGUGCAAACUCUAAGUUGUCUCAAUUAAAGUCGUUCCUUUUUGAGCCAAAAAACUCAAAUUUUAUUACAAAUUAUUGCUCUAAUCAAUUUAUUAAUUUUCGAUUUAUUCCCCCUAGGGCACCACAUCUUGGCGGAUUAUGGGAGGCGGCCAAAUCGGCCAAUGGUCACUUAACCAGAACCCUGGACAACACAAGGCUCACCUACGAAGAACUCGCAACGGCUAUGAUUGAGAUAGAGGCAGUUUUAAACUCGAGGGCCAUUUCGCCUCUAUCCUCAGAUCCCAGUGACUUUGAAGCUCUUACACCAGGCCACUUCUUGAUAGGCGCUCCCCUCCGUAGUUUGCCAGAACGUGAUGUCCCUACAAAUGAGCUUAACAAACUGGAAUAUUCUGGAAAAAGUGGUCCCAUGAUUAUAUAAAUGAGCUCCAGACUCGCAACAAAUGGACUAGCACCAACUCUAAUAUUACUAAUGGUUCCCUAGUAAUCAUCAAAAAUGAUAAUUUACCCCCGGAGCGUUGGCUCAUGCGUAAAAUCAACAACAUGGUUCGUGGAAGAGAUGAUCGUGUUCGAGUUGUCGGAGUUAUACGUCGCCCUAUCCACAGACUGGCUCUUCUAUCAUCUAGAAAGUGUCCUUUCAAUGGGGCCGGAAUGUUAGGUCAACGUAUAAUAAUUACUAACAUUAUUAUUUUGUUUUGUUUAAAUUUUGCAUUUUUUAUUGUAUUUAAAUUUAUUCAUAUUUUUGGCUCACUGUUGCCACUGUAAUUUGUCAUAAUUUUUUGCUCAUACUAACCACUGUACUUAUUUUUGGAAAUGACCCGUUAGUUUUUUAUUAUUUGUUUCUCACUCCAAUUCUUAUUACAAGCGGUUUGUUGUUGCUCUUAAAAAUGCAAUUUAUUUAUUUGGAGACUUAUUGCAUGUAUUUUGUUUUUGCAUAUUUUGAAUAUAAGUAAACAAGUUGAGUUGGAACAUUGGAAGUGAGAAACAAAUAAUAGUACAACAUACAUCGGCAGAGCGUAAAAUUUUCUUCCCACACUAACACAACUUCACUUUGUGUUUUUGUAUUCUAUGCACUGAAUGAAAAAUUUGUAAAAUUUUUUACCGUUUCUAGUGUAGUGACUUCACUACUAUACAGUGUACUCUAUUAUAAAUAACAUAAAGAACAUUAAAUUUUCUGGAUUUUUUAUGAAUAGGAUUGAAAAAAAUUAAACACGACCUAUUAUUUUUGAACACUGCUCUCGGAAACGCAUUUAUUUGCAAUUUUAGAUACUAAAUGAAUCUUAAUAUAUACUCCAUGUAAAUAAAAGUAAAGAAAUAAUGGAAGAUUUUGAAAAAUGAAACAAAUUAUGGAUCGUUAGGUGUAUUCUCAGAAAAAAGUUUUCAAAUAAAUUUGUUUACGUAUUAAUUAAUAAUUUUUCUCGAUAUAUUUUAAAAUUUAAAUAAAUAUUAAAUAUCAAACAUUGUCAUAUGAAAAAAUACUCCAUGUAAAUAAAAGUAAAUAAAUAAUGGAAGAUUUUGAAAAAUGAAACAAAUAAUGGAUCGUUAGGUGUACUCUCAGAAAAAAAGUUUUCAAAUAAAUUUGUUUACGUAUUAAUUAAUAAUUUUUCUCGAUAUAUUUUAAAAUUUAAAUAAAUAUUAAAUAUCAAUAUGAAAAAAUAACUUUCGGCAAACAAGAAUUUUUAACAACAAAGAUUUCUCUAUGAGUAACUCCAUCAAAAAACUUCUAAGCUCUCAUUCUCUUAGUGUGGAAGUUAUGUACGUGUGUUGGAAAAUAAACCAGAGAGCUCAAUGUAGAGCUCGCUGCGCUUGUAUGUAGUACAACAACAACAGUGUAGCUCUUAUUUACAAGAUCAGUUGUUAGGCUUAAGAAAAUUAUUUUUAAAUAAAGAAAUCAUUGUCAUAGUUGAAUUCAAUAAAACAU